GCAGAGGAGCAGAGGAGAGCAGCAGCAGCCGGAGCUUUCAUUCAUUUCAUGCGGAUUCUUCUUCUUCUUCUUCUCCUGCAAACCAACCUCUGAACACCCACAUUUGCACCUGAACAAUGCUGCAGUGAUUGGCAGGAGGACUCCAGGAGGGACUGCUGGCUUUUUGGGUUUAUUCACAUGUAAAGGGCAUAAAAAAGGAGAAAGUGUCUGCUGCUGGAAGGAGGGUUUUGGCAUCAUUUUCUGGGAAGGAUAGGAGGAUUUCUUCACACCUGGAUUACUACUUGUGGAGGACAACAUGCCUCAGACUCCACCGUUCACGGGGCAGCUGAACACCGGCAGCUACAACAAGAACCUGUACCAGACCAAGGAGGAGGGCUACUCCGGCCUCUAUUACCAUGACAACAACCUGGCGUCCGGGUCCCUGGAGGCCCUCAUUCACCACUUGGUCCCAACUGUGGACUAUUAUCCAGAUAGGACGUACAUCUUCACCUUCCUGCUCAGCUCUCGUCUUUUUAUCCGACCGUACGAACUCAUGUCAAAGGUGUGUCAGCUGUGCAUGGAGCAACAGAGACUCAGCGAUCCCCAAGCGGACAAGAUGAGAGUCAGGAAGAUCGCUCCCAAGAUCCUCCAGCUGCUGACGGAGUGGACGGAAACCUUCCCGUACGACUUCAGAGACGAGAGGAUGAUGAGGAGCCUGAAGGAGCUGACCCACCGGCUGGCCAACGGAGACGAGGUUUACAGGAAGGCGGUGGGCCAGAUGAGCCAGGGUCUGAUCAGGAGGUUGACGGUGCUCAGCCAGUACGAGGAGGCGCUGGUGAAGAUCAACGCCACGGCGGCCGAGCGGCUGACGACUCUUAAGGCGAAGCCCCAGGCGUCCAUCCAGAGAGACAUGCUGUCCAUCUGCAACGACCCGUUCGCCGUCGCCCAACAGCUCACGCACAUAGAACUGGAGAGACUGAGUUACAUCGGACCUGAAGAAUUCGUCCAGGCCUUCGUCCAGAAAGACCCUCUGGACAACGAUAAGAGCUGCUUCAGUGAUCACAAGAAGGCCAGCAACCUGGAAGCUUAUGUGGAAUGGUUCAACAGACUCAGUUAUCUGGUGGCUACAGAAAUCUGCAUGCCCGUUAAGAAGAAGCAACGAGCUCGAGUCAUGGAGUUCUUCAUCGACGUGGCGCGGGAAUGCUUCAACAUCGGAAACUUUAACUCUCUCAUGGCCAUCAUAUCUGGGAUGAACAUGAGUCCGGUGUCUCGGCUCAAGAAGACCUGGAGUAAAGUCAAAACGGCCAAGUUUGACAUCUUAGAACACCAGAUGGAUCCUUCCAGCAAUUUCUACAACUACAGAACGGCGCUGAGAGGAGCGACACAGCGGUCGAUCACCGGCAACAGCAGCAGAGAGAAGAUUGUCAUCCCUUUCUUCAGCCUGCUCAUCAAAGACAUCUACUUCCUCAACGAGGGAUGUGCCAACCGGCUGCAGAGCGGACACGUCAACUUUGAGAAAUUCUGGGAACUCGCCAAACAAGUGAGCGAGUUCAUGGCGUGGAAAAAAGUGGAGUGUCCGUUUGAGAAGGAUCGCAAGAUCCUGCAGUACCUGCUGACGGCGCCGGUUUUCAAUGAAGAUGCGUUGUACCUGGCAUCAUACGAGAGCGAAGGUCCUGAGAACAACAUGGAGAAGGACAGAUGGAAGUCUCUGAGAUCCACUCUGCUAAGCAGGGUCUAAACCGAAGAGACCAGAAUAAAGUUUAAACUCCUGACAAGCGAGCCGGGUUCCUGUCGACGCCGCCGUUGUCAAAAACGAAGUAUCCCCGUGUUGGAAGGGAAACGACAAUCUCUACUUUGGCUGGAGAGGAUGGAGAGGAUCUUCUGUGUUCCUCCCCCCCCCACAGCUUCAGAUUUCUAUUAAGCUCUGCUGUUUCCCUCACCCUCUCGCCUCUUUGUGCUGUAUAUUUAAAAAGGACAGCUGUUUUUUCCUCUCUUUGUAUGACUUUGUAGUCUUUUUAAAAAAAAAAAAACUAAAAAAAAAAAGGAGAAACGCUACAGACCUUCACAGUAAAAGCCACGGGGUGCCAAGGUUUCCUUCUGUGAAGCAUUAAUGGGAGUCGCUGGGCUUGUUUGUCCCCCCCCCCACGUUUUUUUGCAACUUAAGCUACAAAGUUAGCCGCUGGUUGGCUAACUGAACAGAAAACGCUACUCGCGCUGGUUCCAUAAACCAGCAUCCUUUGUACGGAGAACUCAAAACUUGCUUGGAAUACUGUUGUUUAUCUUUAUGCUCGCCAUAUUUGUAGUUUUGUUUUCGUCUCCUUCCUUUUGUGGCGACAACCGAGUAUCUCACGUCAUGUUUUUCUGAAACUUUGUUAAUUGUGACAUGUAACAAAAUGCACUGGUUGCAUUUUGAAGAUUAAGAUUUGUUUGUUUUUGUCGUUUACAUUUUUGUGGUUUUCAAAAGCAGCAAGCAACACUUUGUCGUUUAGCUUCGACACACUAAAGGCACCAGUAAACUUAAAUGUGUUUAUUGUAUGGUUGAACAUCUUUUAAACUCUGUUCUCUCUGGAAUUGGCGUUUAAGACACCGUUAUUUUAAAGCAGACUGACGCCUUAUCAGUGAGCUUUAAUGGAAGGUGUCAUGAUGAAGUGUUUCCUGUUGUCUCUGAUAAUCAGUGUUUAAAAAUAGCCCCACUGCUGCUGAGAAUAUAAGCUGGGCUCCAAACUACCAUUCAUACUUUCCACCUUUUGUUCCUGCUCUGAUGUAGAAAACAAAGUGUGCUUGUGCUGCCCCCUGCUGGUUGAGUCCGAUCAGUGACAGUUGUUUGUGUGGUUGAAUAAUGUGAACUGAGGAUUUCUGUUUAAACCCCCCCCCCUACACACAUGCUAAAUAAUGUCCUUUUUUUAUUUUUUCAUGUUAUUCAAAAGUACAGUUUCCUCCAUAUUUGUUUUUUAUUUAUAAAUCUAUUUGUGUAGUCACAUUAUGUCCUCAUGCCAAUAUUUACUAUUAUUUUAUUGUUAUUUAAUUUUGUACUAGGUACAUGAAAUGUUUAAGUAGUCCUCGGAUAUUGGCUUAACCAUUAUUUUUAUAUGCGAAGUUUGUAUGAGACACUUAUUUUUAAAAAAGGUACAAGCUCAGAGAAUGAAGUUAAACGACGGAUGUCUGCUUUGCCUUGACUGUUCCACAGAGUGCUGUUGUGGUUUAUUGUGUACAUACUGUGUUUGUUUGUUUGUUUGUUUUCCUCCCUGUGUUUAUUAAUUUGUAUUUUGACUGUUGAAAUGGAGAAGAGGAACCGUUUAUAAAUGAGUUGGUAGUGUUUAAAAGAGUUAAUAAA